UAAAAGUGUAAUCCUUUCCUAUGCUGCCCUGACUGCCGCCGCCUUGCAAAUCUCGCGAGGAUAGUGGCACACAAACGUCAACAGGAAGUCUUCAGCUGUUCACGUUAAGACCACAGCCAACGAGAGUCUUGAUCCGGUUGAUUGACGGGCUUUUUUGCCAAUCAAUCGUGACGAUUAACAAACCAAUCACAAGUGGACAAAUGAGAUUUUUUUUCCCUCAAAAAUUUGGUGUUCUGCAGAAAGUUCGUGAAAGUGGAUAUCACGAUUGCCACGUCACACGCAUACACUUUGAAUCAUUUUCAUUUACUGUCAUGUUUUUUCUUUCCAUAAUAACCUAUUUUAAUACGGAAGGACGUCCUUGGAAUACUUAGAAUUGCGUAAAGAUAGACCCUUGCCAUGUUGACAAGAAACAGACAACGUCUGAUGACGUGCCGUCAUCGAAUACGCCAUAUGACCCUUGUGCACCAAAGGGGAAAGGGCAUCGAGCUCCGCCCAUUGUUGUCAAGGUAACAUAGCAACAAGACCACUACAAAAUCUAAGUGCAAGUUAUUUUUUUCGACAAUCCGAACUGAUGACGUCAGUCAGGCCACGCUUUUUCACCCCUGCUCAGGUAGCGGCUCACAACACAUCAGCAGACCUGUGGGUCUCCUUCCUGGGCAAAGUGUGUGACCUGACUCCCCUGAUGAAGCAGUACGAGGGUGAUGUUCUGCUACUUCCCAUCUUGGAGUUUGCAGGAAAGGACAUAAGCAGCUGGUUUGACCCCGAGACCAAAGAUGUGUUGACCUUCAUCCAUCCACUGACCAACUGUGUGAGCUACUACACGCCGAGAGGACGAUUUGUGCACAUUCCCCCCGCUGUGCCUCGCUCUGACUGGGCCAGCGACAUUGACCCAUCCUGGUGGAAGGACCAACGCUAUGAGGUGGGCCGGUUGUCCUCUAAAACCAGGUGGAUAAGAGUCAUCAACACGCUGACGUCACAGGAGCAGCGACUGGAGGUGUGUUCCGAGGAGACGCUGGCUGAAAUCCGGGAGCGAUACCUACCCUACAACUCACAUGCAUGCAGCUACACAUGGAAACACAACGGACUGAGUCUGGACAUGAACAAGACACUGAGCGAAAAUAAUGUCCCGGACGACGAUGUCAAGCUCCAGCUGCUGCGCCUCGACUGUGACCUCUUCACCCCCGCCAUCCUCCUGCACUUUAAUGAUGACCUCACUGAGGGGUGACCUCUCACAUGAGACUCAACCUGUUGGCAAAGUUGUGUGAAUAAAGAGUGUGUGUAGAAAAAUAAA